AUUAAAUGGAAAACUAGGUAAAUCUAUUACGUCAUCCUGAAUGGUAUUUAUAAUUAUGUGUUGAAUUAUUAUUCUGAGAAAUUGCAUUGUUAUGUCAGUAGUUUAAUUUAGUUAGCCAUUGGAUAGUAAUUCUUCAGUUGUAAAGAAAAAAAGUGGAGAAGCUGUAGUUAUUCAACAUAAGAGCAACCCAAUAGACGUAGCGUCGUAGAAUUGUACUACAGUGCUGUAUUGGCACUGUUAAAAACAUUAUGGGUAUGUCAACCGACAUGGCCCCAAGGUAUCUAUCUGUUAACCCUACUGGUCAAAUGACCUAUGUAUUGGACACUAGUAAUGUUAACCUUGCCCAAGUCCAGUUAGCUGUUCCAGCAUCUGAAAUUGUAUUGAUCCAGGAUGAAAAUAAAUCGAUCAAUCUUUGCGAUAAUUCAGUCUUGGUCGCCGAUGUUGCCCCUGAGAAUAUGGGCUGGAUUGGAAAUAAUGUUAUUGUCUUAGUUUCUCAACCUCAAGAGUAUGUAAUGGUUGAACAAGAAGUAGUUGUUGAUUCAAAUGUUGCCCAAUCAUGGCAAGUUGAAGAAGGUGCCACUGCAUGUGCGGCCACUACAGCACUUGCGCCAUUUGCCAUAAAGGAAAACCAAGAAGAAUAUGAAGCACCAGAGGAAGAAGCAUCAACCACAACAGUAGAAGAUGCCAAAUGCUGGUUUCGGGAUUCACUUAUCACGACAGCAGCACUUUCAACUCUAACAACCUAUGUUGAAUCAAAUGGGUCAGCAAAAGUUGGCUAGUGUUUGAUAUACUUCUGUUUGGAAGGAGCCCCAUCCUUUUUGUUGAAUUUUAUACAAUUCUAUUUUAUUUUCUCAAACUUUAAAGUUCUGUUUUUCUCCAUUAUGUAUGAAGUAUUCAAAACAAAAAUCAUUUUAAAUACUUUUGAAAUGUAUAAAAUAUUUUCUGUUCUAUUAAUUUUAUAUUUAACUUUUGAAGAACCAACGUUUCUGUUCGCAUUAAUAUUUGCUAAUUUAAAUAAAAUUACUUGAAUUGAACUUGAAUUAUAUAAAAUAAUUGCAUAAUUCCAUUUUUUUUUUUUGCAUUUUUAAAGAUCUUGUUUUAAUGUUCUAAUUUAAUUUUUAGUAAUUUUGUACACAUGAAUUCUCUUUGUUGCUUAUCUUAAAAAUUUUAUUCAUUUUUUUUGCCUUUAUUAAAUUUUAUUGGAAAUAUAUUAUAUAUGAUAUAUGUUUAAAUGAAAAAUGUUAACUUACUGUGAUUAUGCAAAUUUUGUGUUAUUAUAUUUUGUAAUUGUAAUUUUUUCUUGAUUUGUGAAGGGUUAAUAUGAGCAUAAAACUUAUGAAAUGAAUUUGUUUAAUUGUAACAAAUUGAUUGAGAAUUUGUUGAAGAAAGUUAAUGAGUCAUUUCCUUAUUUGGUAGUUAUCCUAUCGAAUGUUUUUAUUUGAAUUCAUCUGCCUGUUAUUAAACACUUGCUUAGAUUUUUUUUUUCUGCCUGGCAUGUUUUUUCUAUCUAAAACUAUAUCCUAUUAAGAAUAUUUGAAGAUAUUUUAAAUUAUUCUGUAAGGAUGUUUUUGAAUUGAGUUGCACUUAACUCGAACAAGCUCAGGGCAGUGUGAUGUAUUACUCAGGUUUAAACUGAAUUAAUGUUUUAAUCAUGUUUUUGAAGAAGUUGAGUACUUACAUUGUCUCUCUGAAUAAUAUAACAAUAAGUGAUAAUUGUACUGUUUAAACUUGAAUAGUGUAUAAAUUUAUUUGAUAAAAUAAUUUUAUAGCCUCUGAAUUUCUUUUUGAAAAAUAUCUAAAGAUUUCUAUAAAAAGAUAAGUAAACAUCAUAUAAGAUUUAUUUAGUUAAAUGAGCCAAGUUUAUGCUCGCUCGUAUAUCUAUGAUUUUUAACUUUUUAAAAAAAAAUUUGGCAAAAUCGGUUAAAAUUUUUUUUACUAUAAAAUCUAUAUUUUGUAAACUGAAUUCAGUAUUGAUAUUACAGUGAUGAAAUUAAUCUUUUUCUUUUAAAAUAACAUUUGUACCCUAUGAUGCUCUUUAAAAUGUAUUAAUUAAAUGAUUAAAAGUUAAAAGAAAUUUCUGAUCCUUGUCAUUAGUGAAUUAUAAUGGUAACCACCUGUCGUUGGUGAAUAUAGUCAUAUUUUAGUUAUCAUAAAACCUAUUGCUAUGUAAUUUUUUUUUUUUUUUAGCAAGAGUUGUUGACACACUGUAAAUACAGAAGUAUCUAAUUUCUUUUCAUUAUUUUUGAAAUGCCAUUUUAUUUCUUAAUUAAAAUAAUUUAUAAUCUAUAUUUAAUUAAAUGUUGCAGGCUCUCAAUAUUAUUUAACCUACAUACUAAAAAUAUUUUAUUUAGAAUUAUUGAAUUGUGCUAAAUGAAAAGCAUUUAAUCUAAAGAUCUCUUAAAAAUAAUAGAUUUUUACAGUUUAUUCAGAAUAGGAUAUUUUUUUUUUCUAACAUAUGAAGGCUUUAAGACGUGUUCUUCAUUUAAUGUAGAAUACAAUAAGUAAUUGCUUUAUUUUUAAUUAUGGUGAAUCUGAAUACUUGCUGAUUUAUUUAUUAAUUUUAGGUGUAGCAUUACUAAGUUUUGAUUUAUCAAUGCCUUGUAAGUAAUUUAGUAACUACUUUGAAAUUUCCUGUAAAUGCUGGUUAGUAUGAAUUAUAUUUUAUGUAGCUAAAGAACUUUUAUUCCUUAGGGGUGGGGGGGAAGGGGCACCCUCAGUUUUGUUGGUUUAAUCAAUAUUUCCAUCAUUUUCUAUUGUUGGAAGUGCCAUACUAUACUCAAUGAAAAAUGUUACAUAAAAAUCAAUUUGGUGUGUCGUAACUAAUUAUUACAAAUUUCAAAUAUUUUUCUUUCAUUGUUUUUUUUUUUAAACAUAUUUUUUUUUCAGAAUUGAUUUGUUAAUUCGAUUUUUAAAAAAAUCAGUCGAUCUCAAAUUUUCCUAUGUAAUUAAAUAAUGAAAUCUGAUGAAAUUUUUAUCAAAGUUGUGAUGAGUUGGAUAGUUUAUGUGAAAUAGAGCUCUAGUACUUUGUUUUAUUACUAAAACGUUUGCUUUUGUAUAGUUACAUUUAAUAUUGGAGCUAUAGUUGUUAUUGAAUUAUAAUUACAUAUAUUGAUUUAAGAAUUUUUCUUUUGCAAAUGAUUUACUAGUGUAUUCUAGAGGAAUACUUUGUUUUAAGAAAAUUGCUUAGAAAAAGCCGUUUGGUAAAUUGACUAUUGUUCUUUGUUAUUUAUAAGGCAUUCUUCUUAUUAAAAACUGAUAUUAAAAACUUUCCUUUAUUAUCGUAAGAAACCUGAUAUGUCAUUAUGCAUUUCUUAGUAGAAAUAAAGUUGAACUUCUGGUUAAUGAUUCUAAUUUAAUUAUCUAGAUUAAUGAAGUUUAGCUUAUUUUAUACUUGCAUAUUGAAAGGAAAUUUCUCCUGUUAAGUAUUUCUAUUAUAAUUUUAAGACCAUUAUACAUUGGUUUACAUUUAGAGUAAUAGUAAAAUUUGUUUAGCAAGCAAGGAAGUCUUUUGAAUAAAAAUGAAAUUCUUGACCUAUUACAAGUACAAAACACUGUAGUUUAUUAAAAGAAUGGCAAUUUUCAGAUGAGCGCUUAAAUAAAUUAUUUUCAGUUAGUUUUGAAGUUGAUUGUUGUAACUUUUUUUUUAUUGCAAUAAAAUGUAAAUAUUUAUCUCGUAUUACCUUUGUUGAAGAAUAGUCUUGUCUGAUAAAAUUUGAACUAUUUUCUUUUACUUUUCUAUUUUACUCAACCUUUAGGCUUCAUAAAUAAUUUUCAGAAGUUCUUCAAGCCUCUACUUUUCCCGUUUAUAAUUUAAACAUGUCUGCUUGUUUAUGCAACCAACUGCUUACUUCUGGCAUUAUGAUAACUUGGCUAUUGCAUGCUCUCAAUAUGAAUCGAUGCUCAUUGCAAAGCAUAUUCUAGGCUAUCUAAUAUCCUAAGAAUUUUCAUAUUCUUGAGGGUACAAGUCAGAUGUACUUUUGAGUAAAGGGGCUCCUCAUCGUGUUGUGUGCCUUUGGUGCUAGUCUCAAAAGAUGUGUAAAAUGUGAAGCAGUGGUCUCCUGUGAUAUGUUACAUUCAAUAAAUAUAAACUGUAUAUUUUAAGAAAAUUUUCUGCCGAUUAUAUUUUUAUAAUGGUGCUGCUGACUAUGAAAAGGUUGCCAUUUAUAUGUGUACUCACACAAAUUAUACAGUAAACUCUUGUCUUCCUUGCCAACUUGCGUAAAUGUUUUGCUGUUUCAAUUAUGGACUCCCAUUUUACUGCUUCAUAUGAUUUAUCAAUAUGUUUCUUAGAUGGGAGUAAAAGUGAAAACUGAAUACUCUUUAUUUUCUGUGUUUAUAAUUUUUGUAUGUAGGAAAUAUUAUCAGUGUUAACAACUAUUUCUAUGCAAUUUCUAAUCGUGUAAAAAUGGGAAAUAUAUUGCAAAUAGUGCAUGGUGUAUAAUAUUUGUAAAUAUCUUCAUUGACAAACAGACAUUAAACUAUUCAAGUUAGCCAAGAGUUUACUGUGUACAAUUUGCACUGUGUUAAUUUGUAGAAAACCUCUUGUGAGGUAGUUCCCAAAUGUAGUGACUGUGUUAAUGAAUGGAAGUUGUGUAUAAAAGAUGAUAAAGUAUUUGACUGUUAAUUGUAAAUUUUUAGUGUUUUCAUGUAUUCAAUGAUUAUAAAAUAAACUGUUCACUGAAA